AUGACCCCGAUGACUUCAAAACCGGCUCCAGAACCUACGAAGGAGGAGUCAUCAGCGCAAGAUGAUGAGCAAAAGGAUCAUGGAGAUGGAAAUGGAGAGGCUCGGGAUGGCCAAGUUGGCCGCUACUCCAUCUUCACCACAUGGCAAAAACGUGCCAUGGUUUUGGCCGCCUCCCUGACGGCCUUCUUCUCGCCCCUUACGGCGCAAAUAUAUUUGCCCGCCCUGACAGCCAUCGCGAAGGACUUCAACGUCACAAGCUCGCAGAUCAACCUGACCAUCACGACAUACAUGGUCUUCCAGGGCAUCACGCCCGUGUUCAUUGGCUCGCUGGCCGACAGCGGUGGGCGACGGCCCGCGUACGUCGUUUGCUUCGUCAUCUACAUCGCCGCCAACAUCGGGCUCGCGCUCGCGCCCGGCUACAACGCGCUCCUGGGCCUUCGGUGCCUGCAGUCGGCCGGCUCGAGCACCACCGUCGCCCUUUGCACCGCAGUGGUGGCGGACCUGGUCACCUCGGCAGAGCGAGGACAAUACAUUGGGAUUACCGUCGUGCCGGCGGUGUUGGCCCCGGCGCUCGGGCCUGUCGUCGGCGGUUUGCUUUCGCAGUAUCUUGGGUGGAGGUCCAUAUUCUGGUUCCUGGUCAUCACGUCUGGCGCGACGGUUGUGCUGAUUGUCUUGUUCCUGCCUGAGACAUGUCGACACAUCGUUGGCGAUGGCUCCAUCUACCCACCUCCUAUGUAUCGGUCAGUGUGGCAGAUUAUGAGUCGCCGCCGACAGCGGCAGCGGAAAACACACCGUGUUGAGGAUUGCGAGACGGCGAGCACGGCGACGGCCGCCAACAAGUUCAAGUUCAAGGCCCCCAACAUCCUCGGCUCCGUCUUCAUGCUCUUUGAGAAGCAGACGUCUCUGCUUCUCUGGACCAGCAGCCUGGUCUUCGCGGGCUUCUACUGUAUCGCAUCCGCCAUGCCGUCCCUAUUCGCCGAUCGCUACGGCUACGACGAGAUCAAGGUUGGCCUGAUGUAUCUGCCCCUGGCCGGCGGGUCCGUCGGCGCCGCCGCCAUCGUCGGCCCUGUCAUCAACUGGAACUACAAGCGACACUGCGUGAAGCUCAGCAUCCCCUACGACCGUUCCCGGCAGCAGGACCUCUCCGAGUUCCCCAUCGAGCGCGUCCGCCUCGAAGUCGGAUUUCCGCUGCUCGCGCUCGGGGGCGCCAGCAUCAUCGCCUGGGGCUGGGCCAUGCACGCGGACGCGCACGUCGCGGUGCUGUGCGUGCUCGGCGCCUUCAUCGGCAUGGGCUUGAUUGGGUACAGCAACGCGACCAACGUGCUGCUCAUCGACAUCCACCCGGGCAGGGCCGGCACCGCGACGGCGGCCAACAACCUCACCCGGUGCCUUGUCGGCGCGGGGGCGAGCGCCGCGGUCGUGCCGAUGAUCAAUGCCAUGGGCGUUGGCGGCGCCUUCACCCUUGUUGGGGGGCUCUACUUUGUCUGCUUCCUCCCGCUCUUGUGUAUACUCCGCUGGGGAAUGACGUGGCGGGCAGAGGUGAAGGCCAAGGCCGCGAAGAAGAAGAGACGAGAGGAGGCCAAGCUAGAAGCGAGGGCUUGA